UCAUCUGAAAUGACUUGUGACAGUGAUUAUUGCUGCAAAAUAAGAUUUGCAGUUUAUUUUUGCUUUCGCAAUGAAUUUUAUGUAUGAAUAGACAAUAUAUCAUGAACAUGAUCCAUGAAACUCGCAUGUGUAAUGUGAAAAAGUGAUAUAAUUAUUCUUAGAAUAUUUUACCGGAGAUUUUAUUUAAAUGUUUGCGUGAGUGAAAACCAAUUCAGCGUGUUUCAAGUUCAAUAUAAAUGCCCACCUGUACUAACUGAUAAACAUGUCGGUCGCAUCCAAAGACGAAGAUGACAACGCGACACAGAACGACAAUCUAAACAUAUCGCUACCUACAGUUUUAUGCACCGAUACCUCCGAUCCAGAGACUUCUCAAGCAAACAUAAUGUCUUCAGAAUCUAAAUUGUCUUUACCGUCAGCCUUAGGAACACCUACUUCCCCUCUAGUGGUUAACAGUCCAUUGUCUUUGCCGAACUCUCCGACUCCCUUUGUGAAGACGCUUCAAACAUGUUCCAAUAAAUCCUUAGAUGAACCUCAGACUGGAUCAAAGCCAAAGCAACAGAACAAUUCAAUGAACAAACCUGUAAAUAACACUGGAUCAGCGACAGGCAACCCCCGAAACAAAUGUGCUCUUCAACCUGGCCACAGUCUUAUGGACUGGAUAAGAUUAGGGAAUUCCGGAAAAGAUCUUACAGGCGUUGGUGGGCGGAUUCGACCGGUUUCGCCUUCAGAACUCGCUUUACACAAAACCCAAAAUGAUGCGUGGCUAGCUAUCCGUGGACGCGUAUAUAACAUCACCCAUUACUUGCCGUAUCAUCCGGGAGGUCCCGAAGAAUUAAUGCGUGGUGCUGGAAUCGAUGCUACAGAACUCUUUGACAAAGUGCACCCCUGGGUGAACUAUGAUUCAUUAUUAGCUAAAUGUCUGGUAGGUCCUCUCUCGUUCGAUCGACCGGACGCUGAAGAACUAUUCCGUACUUCGAUAUCAUCUUCAAAAUCAGACAAACUGAAAGAACCAUCGAAAGCGCAGGAACUUGUCAGAAAAUCAAUGGAGAACUUAGCGAAUUGCAUAACGCCCGUUAGGAAAAAGAUCACGGCUAAAAGCGAAGAAAAUGUCAAAGGUAGUCCCCCGAGUAAGAUUAUGCAGAGCUUAAUUCAGUCGAGCGAUUUGCCUGUAUCGAUCAGCCGUAGGGCAGCGGCGAGCCCUGCUAAAUCGACAAAUAAAUUGAAAGACUCGCCGGCCUCCUUGCGAUUUGAUUGGAUACAAACAUCAGCAAAGCUUAUUAUUUCUAUAUACACUGGACCUUUAGCCAACCCCGGUGGCUGUGCAAAGUUAUUAGAAGGAUCUUUAUUGAUAGAGGUUGCAACCGACAAUUGGCUUAGAACAAUUAGACUAAUACCAGAAGGUAACUUAGCGGAGCCUUUGCAAUUAAGAGUAUUUUCUGAAAGCGGUAAAAUUGAAGUAGUUGCCAUGAAAUCCGAAAAUAAACUAUGGAAGGGAUGUGGUGAAACGAUUUUCGGGGAAGCUAUUCAAAUAACGACUCCGAGGAAAAUGGAGUGUCGUGUAAUGGACGUCAGUAAAGUGUCCCAUGACACCAGUCUCAUUACAUUGGCUCCAAUAUCCGGACCGGCACUAGUCCCUUUGGGACACCACGUUAGAGUUCAUCAUACGACAGAUUCUGAAUGUAUCCGCUCUUACACACCGAUUGGCGACGGUUGGGACAAUCAGAGCAAUGAAUUCAGUGCUCUCAAAUUAACGAUUAAACGCUACGAACUUGGAGCGCUAUCUCCGCACCUAACAUCCUUGAAACUUGGUGAUUUAAUUACGAUAUCGGGGCCUUAUGGGAAUUUUCAAUUGCUUCAGUUGAAAGCGGUGAAGACUUUAUAUCUCAUAGCAGCUGGAACUGGUAUAACACCUAUGUUAGGCUUGCUGAGGUUCAUGUUGUCUAGAUCUAAUCCUAAAUGCGAACGAAUACAUUUAGUGUUCUUCAACAAAACAGAAGGGGAUAUACUUUUCAAAGAUAAAUUUGAUGAAAUAUCUCAACAAGACGACAGAUUAAAUGUAUUGCAUGUCCUUUCAAACGAUCCAGCUUGGACGGGGCCGAAAGGAAGAAUAGGCCUCGAUAUACUCUCUCAGGUGCUCAAAAAAGAGAAUGUAAAUUAUCCGGAUGAGAACACGCAUUUUGCAUGUCUCUGUGGACCUACGGAGUUUACACACACCGGCAUGGACUUAUUGAAAAAAAUUGGCAUGAAAGAAAGCCACAUACAUGCAUUUAUUGGAUGAGAACGCUAAUUAUAAUUACGUGAGGUGCAAAGUAUUUUUUUUAUAAUUUUUGUGGGUCCUGCACUUUCAAAGUAUAUUUCUAUAAAUAUAAAGGUUUAGUAUUUAAAAGACAAACUAGAGUAUUUAAGUGGGAAUAUUAAUUACCUAAUUAGUAUUUAUUAGAAUUCAUAAUUUACUAUUGUUAAGAUUAUGCAAAAAGCACUAAGCACGUCCGGUGAGUGAGACAUAAACGUAAGUAAACUUUGAAUUAAUUUAAUAUUCCUUAAAAUCCGAAAUACUGUAAAAUAUAAUUAAUUAUCGUGAUACCUACAUCCAAAUACUAUAUAAUGUCGUGAACUUACGUACCUACACAGGAUAAGUUUUAGGUAUGUUCCUCAGAAUAGGUUAAUAGGCCUCGGAUACACAUGUGAAGCUUUGGUAUAUUUACUCGUGAAAACAACAGAUAAAAUAAAAAACUGUUUGAGGAAUUGUUUGCUCAAUGUGUAUUAUAGGCCUUAAUUAAAUCCAUCCAAAUAAAAUCAAAUACCUUUUUUGCAUUUGAUGUUCUACUGACAAAAAUCUUAUUAAUUUUUACUACAAUAAUAAAUAAUUUAAAUUUUAAUUUACUAUUGACGCUCAAAUAAAUAGUCAUUAUUACAUUAAAUAAAAUAAAACAACUAUUUAUUUUUUAAAAGAUCCAUUGUAAAUACUAUAUCUGCUAGAUAAUUAAUUAAGUAAGUUUACCUUUUAUGAAAUCUAUUUGAAUUUUUUAUUAAUUUAAAA